AUGUCUAACAAUAUGAAGGCCACAAUCCUACUUCCUCUAUAUGUAUACCCGAAUCAAGGCGCAUGGGAUCCAAUCUACACAGCCAUUGAAGCAAAUCCUAAUCUAGACUUCAUCGUUAUAAUCAAUCCGAGCAAUGGUCCGGGCGGGGCCGGAUGGUGGCCUAAUGCAGACUAUACCCGCGAGAUACCGCAUCUCGGCUCGUACUCCAAUGUACGAAUUGUCGGUUACGUACACUCGACGUACUGCAACAGGCCAAUAGAAGAUGUGUUGAAAGACGUUCAAACGUAUGCGGACUGGGCGCUGGAGGAUGAAAAGCUUCAGAUGCAAGGCAUCUUCGUGGACGAGACGCCGAAUCUUUACACGCCGAAGACUAAGCAAUACCUCGACACUAUCAAUAGCGUAGCGUGGAAAAACGCACGAAUCGGCGGAGAACGACUGAUGAUUCACAAUCCAGGCACUGCGGUCAACAAAUCGCUAGCGGAGCCUGGCCCGGAUAUUACGGUGGUGUCUGAGACUUCAUAUGACGAGUUCGUCAAAGAACACUAUCAGAAAUGGCUAGCGACUUCGCCGUAUGAUCGCUCGCAAACGUGCUACAUGCUGAACUCGGUUCCAGAGGAGGAUAUUCAGGACUUGACAGUGAGAUUGCGAGAAAGGGCAGCAUUCUUGUUUUUGACGAGUGCGAAGACAGACUUCUACCAAAGCUUCGACAGUUCGAGCUGGCAGGAUUUUGUGGCAGCAAUGGCGUCGGAAUAG